UCUGUUAAAGUUUAUUCCGUACUUUUUUAGUAAUACAAUAUUGCAUUACAAAAGUUUAUAGUAAUAUUAUAAGCGUUAUAAUAUUAACCAUAUUAAAUUAAAUUCAUUAUUAAUUCGGAUUUCUUCUUGAAUAAUAAAUUAUUUCAAUAAUACGUAACGGAAAGAGAAUCAUCAAAGGUACAUGUUCUUACCGAGAAUCGAUAUUAUCAUAAGAUGAUAUAAUCCAGAGAGAAGCAUUACUAUAUUUGAAAUUAAUCUCUCUCUCUUUCUAUCCAUUAAGCAUUAAAAAUCAUUUCUCGAGGAUCUGUAGAGUUUUUCUCCAAAGAAGAAGUUGGUUGAAUUUGAUUUUCGAUCACCACCUGAUGCAGCGGCUAUAUUCAUCCCGCUUAAAUAAACGACUAUCACCGUAAAUCAAAUAAAGAUUUUUUAAAAUAACGUUACGUACUUUAACUCUAUUACAUUUAAUCUGAUGUAUUUUGGUCGUAACAUAUGUACUUUUACAGCGGCGUUAUGGCUUUAACCAAGUAAAGAAAUAUUUUCUAAUUAAUUUAAAUAUUGUAUAAAAGAAACUACCAUAAUAAUGUUCAGUUAAUAAUAAAAUAUAAUUUGACGUGUGACUGCGGAAGACGUAACCAAUUACUUAAAAAAUUUAACUAUUCGCGAUACAUUAAUAAUUUCGCGUAACGCUGCGAUGUCGAUGAUACAUGAUGGACCUUGCUGUCUAUUAGAAGCUGCUAACAUCGACUCGGAAACGGCGGAGGAUUCAAUUUCUAUCCAAGGAUUAAGCGGAUCAUGCGCCCAACGGCUGUACGAUCAAACCAAGCAUCCGUGCAUUAUUCCCGACCACCCCUGAUCUCAACCGCAUCGACGAUAGCACCAUCCGUUUAUCACCAGCAACAGCAGCAGCAGCAGCAGCAAAUUCUGUAUGCACCCAUCAGCAGUCCAAUGGUGACUCUUCAGCCAUGUGGAACAACAUUUCAUCCCUCGUGCGUUUACCCGAGCGUUCAGCCUCACAUUGGUUCACCGAAUUCUAUUCCUUUGCAUCCUCAAGGUAAGAAUAAUCGAUGGCAUUCCAAGAACAAACCGUCCCGUGGCCAGCAAUAUUAUCAACAGCAACCACAGCAACAGCAGCAGCAGCUCUCCUACAAUCCGAAACCCGUGCAGGUGUUCUACGAGCAACCAUCUUCCAGCAUCGCUUCCAUUCCUCCGGCGACCACGUCCUUCUUAGUAGCUUCCUCCACAUUCGCCCAUGCUGGAUCAUUACCUAACGAGCAUUACAACAAUAAUUCCGCAGUUACGCACUUACUGCCUCAGCCUUUCAACUUCAAACCGCCGGACGUGCAGCCUUUCUGCUUCAUCCAGGAUCGACAAAGCGCUCAGCAACAACAGCAGCAACAGCAACACCAGCACCCGAUCCAGGCUUCCUAUUACAAUAUAUCGGCCACGAAUACCUGCAGUCUGCAGACCGUUAACGCUAAUUCAGCCUAUCCGCUGCCCACUCUCAACCCUUACGCCAAUUUGACUACGUUCGGCAGCAAUCAAUUCCCCGCGUCGGUGCCAUCCUCCUCGCUUUUCUCGAAUCCAUCCGUGGGUGUAAUCUUUGCUCCAUCGCGAGUAGAUAAGCCCGCAUCGUUGCCCAUGUUAGAAUUUUCUUCAUUCAAGCAUAAUGCAAACAAGGCACCGAGCACCUGUGAAUCUCGAGCGGUUCCGGUCAAUCAUAACGAGAAUUCCGACAGCUGGCCAUUUCAAAUUGAGACAUCAUCCAAGGAUACGUACGAUGUACAAGCGACUGACGACAGAAGCAUGGACUCCACUGAUCGUGCUUUGGACAAACCUGCUUCCGCCGUCGUGAGAACCGAUGAGGAGCAUGAUUCCGACGAAUCGUCGACCAGUUUUGAUUUCACUAUUGAGGCUGAAAAAAUGGUCUCGGCACUGUGCAACACAACGUCGUCAAACGAUCUCGGCAAGGAGGAAUCAAAGCCUGGCAACAAAACCGAUUCAACGCCGUUAUUCAGUGGCGCCGGUGACAACAAGGCCAGUUGGUUCACUGAUUUCUGCUCCGAGUACGAAAGCGGAACUUCGAUAGGCGUCCAAACCGGCAAUCCGUAUGCCGAUAGGUCGCAGUAUCCGGAGCUGAUCCGGAAGACGGUGUACUGGGGAUGCACGGAAGCCGAGAUUGUGCUCGACUCCGACUACUCGCAAACAGACCCUAAACAGAGUUGCUUGAUGGGCUUGUCGUCCGCGACUAGGAUGGCGAUCACGAAAUCUUCGACGUGUAUUCCGGUGUACGCGGGUGACCGAGUGUUCGCCAAGGACCUCAUAAAUGCUCUCUUGCGCGUUAGCAACGGCUGGCUGAGUCUCGACAAUUACAUGAACAAGCAGCAUUUUCCCAAUUUACUGGACAGAUUGGAUCCUGAGUUGAUUACAUGCUUCCACGUAUGGGAGGAAAGCACGUACGAGCUCUUGAAGCAAAUAGUGCAGACGUUCCAGAAAUUUGGAGAGAAUGAUGAAACGAAGGAUCAAACACGCGGCACGACCUGCAGAUCGUCCUCGUUCCCGGGCGACGUGGCACUCUAUACAAACUAUGAUCUGUUCAGUCAGCUGCCAGCGAAUUCCCUCUUGCGAAAAGAUGCAGCUGGAAAGUCCAUCUCCGAGGAGAAUCCGCGCAACGCAACGUCAGUGUCGACUAGCGGACUGCGUACUUCGCGGUACAACUCCGGUCAGCAAGAACAGCAAUCGGCGGCGAGUCAGAAAGAGAGUAAGUUACGAAGCAAGUGGACAAUCACUGAGAAUCUGUCGCCCGCGAUCAACGCCAGCAAAUCCGUACCUAACGUGUCCACGUGUCAUACCGACACUAGCAGCCUAGUAGGAAGUAGGCUUCGUGCCAAACCCGCGUCCAGGAAAUUUGACUCCGCGCAGAACUCGUUGAAUGCUGAGUUCUUUCAACUGAGAAGCAAAGUGAUGGAGAGCAACGCCGAUACGAUGAAAGACCGAAAGCAAGAGUACGCGUUGGAGAAUAAACUUUCGGUAGACAGUGCGGAGAGCACUCGUCUGCAGCAGCCAACAAUUAGCACUCCCAUAAAUUACAGCGGGCUGUAUGCAGAGAACUGUUUAUCCUUGACGUUUCCAUUGUCCGAUCAUCCGAACCCUUCGUACCCUACGUCCAAUCCGGGAAUCUUAGCGUAUGGAGAACUCGGUUAUUCUUCUUCAGCAUGCCCGGUUACCGAUCUCAACUCGAGGAGUAGCAAAAUUCCGGAACGAUUGUACGGAAUUAAAAUCCCGAGUACCAAUCCCGUUUACGUUGACGGAUCGCAGGCUGAUCAGAUAGAGCUCCCGGCUGUGCCCCGGAAUAAAGUAACUCUGCUCAGUCAGAUCGAGCCGAGGACGUUUGACAAACAGUCCGAGGAGAUGGCGGCGAAUUUGUCAGCCUGGUUCGCCAGCAUGCGAAACGCACAAUUUCCGGCGAGCGCGUCUACCUUCGAAGAGACGAGGCUGAACGAGAAUUCAGCGCCGCGAUUGUUCGCUCAGCAGGAGAUGCCGAAGUACUCAGCGGGCAUAGCUAAGCAACCUCCGAUCGAUGCAAACCGGCAAUUCCAGGCAUUGCAGAAUCUGCCGAAUAUCCAGAGCACACCCUGGGCUGCCAGCAACUUUGUCGGCAGUCGCUUUCAGGUGCAACAAGAUGCACCGGAGGAAUAUGAUAGCUCCGAGGACGUGCGAGUGUACAUGAAACCGGGAAGCUACAACGUGCCGAAGAAGAGACACCAGAGAAGGUCGAAUCGUCGAUCGGACGGAAACGCGACGUCACGCAACACGCACGCGAGCAAUCACUACGGAAAUGCGUGCAGCAAUAAAGGGAAGAACAUAUCGAUACUCGCAUCAUCGACACCUCUGUCGCACACAAACGUGCCCACCUUGUCCGCUAACGCCACGCUGAUCAAAACCUCGUUUCCGCCAGCCUUGAAGUUGCCGACACCUCAGUUCAACCUGGAGAAUUCACCCAGAAUUUUGAAGCGCACGGAAUCAUUAUCGCAGAAUACUCAGGAUGUUACCUGGAAGGCAGCGUGCGCCUCGGCUGAGAUACUUCUCGAAGCUCUUCAUGUGAAGGACUACGAUGCGUCCAACAAGAUCGAUUACAACGAUAAUACCAAGAAAGAUGAUAAGAGUGAAGAGAACGCUGAAGCAUCGCUGAUGACAUCACAGAGUGAUGCGAAAUCAAUGAAAUAUGAUGACGCUGACUGCACCUUGUCCUACGAAGCCUCGGAAGAUGACUCAGAAUCCACAUGCAGAUUAUCGCCUACUACAAGCAUCGUAUCAAUAUCCCAGUCACAUGAAGAUGAGAACGCUCUCACUAUCAAGACCAACGUGAAAACGGACUCCUGGCUGAUCAGAACCUUAAAUAACGCGAGUAUCAUCGGCAAACAGAAGCGGUGCAAGAAUGACACAGAUCGGCGAAAUUCGAUAUCGUCAAACAGUUCAGAGAUCGUUGGUAUGAAAGCGGAUCACCUCACAUCGUCGCCGACUGCGGAGACAAAGGCUUCCAUGACAGUUGUCGACAACGAGUAUCCGACAAUCUUCUCUUGCGAGUCCGUCUUUGUGCCUUUCUCAAAUAACAAGGAAAGCUCAACGAAAAAAACGGAACGUGGCUACGUUGGUAGAGCCACGUAUUCUGAAACGGUGCGGAGGUCCAUGAAACCCAGCAAUACGCAUCUAGGAAAGAAGGAAACGUACAAGUCAUGUUCAAUCAAUCCAUCGAUGUCUACUAUAUUGCCACUCCCUGAUCACAAGUGUCCAAAGAGAGACCCCGAGCAAUCUUAUCAGCUUUUACACAAAUCGCAGAGAUGGGCCAGCAAGAAGGCGAUGAAGAAGACGGAUAGCAAUGAUAUUCAAUUAGAGGAAAGUUCGUGCGCGAAGAUAUACGGUGCCAAACCGAGUAAUAUAAUGACGAAAUCAUCGUCUACCACGAAAAUGCAGGGAAAGAGGAAAGAUUUGGAACAGAUGGAAGGCAAGUGUGCGAGUAAAUCGGGCGAUCGCAGUUGGUCAGUGUGGUACAGCUCCAGAAGGAAGCAGAGCAUCAGCCCUUUGGCACUCAGCAAGCUGGAAUUGAUACAUCAAACUGUUUGGCAAAUGGAUGAAGCGAAGAUCUUCAAAGAUCCGUUCUUCCAUGUUAAAGAUAACUCAUCUCCGUCUACAAUGGAGGAUCACAGCAAAGUUGUAAGAAGCCCUAUGUUCCUCGAGAUCGUCGAGUAUAAAUUGAAGAACCGGAUUUACCACAAAGUUGAGCAUGCCAUAAAAGAUUUCCGCCGCAUAAUUCACAGCGCGAGAUUGUACCAUCAACAAGAUGACGAACAAGCAAAGAAGAUUGACGCGCUUUCGAGAAAACUGGAAGACUUACUCGAAGAACAUUUCAGCAAUUGGGAUUUCGACAAUGUUAUCGAUAGUCCAAGAGAAGAUUCACCGGUACAGCUGCGGUUUAAAACAUCUGGGCAGAAAACAGUCGUGGGACGUUGUGAUGGCACGAAGAAGAGUGCUGCUUCAUCCAUAAUUGUUGCAGAGAAUUCUUUACGCCAUUGAUACGUCGUUUUGAAGUAGAAACUUCAAAAUCGACUGACCAAACUACCAUAUUCCAUUAACGCAAUUAGCAUUAUCUUUACAUCAGACAGAACAUUGUGUGCAAUAUAUUCUUCUAGUCACGAG